GCGGCGGGGGCCGGGGACAGGCAGGGCCCGCGGUGUCACCGCUGGCAGCACAUUAAAGCCUCCGGGCUCGUCCUGCCGCGCAGAGGGCGGCUAUGACAGUGAAUGACCGUCCUUCCCAAAAUACCGGCCACGGCCCAGGUGACAGCUCCUAGGCUGUAGGGAAAAUCCACUCCAAGAAAACGUCUAUUCUGCAAAGCAAGGGUUCCAUUCUAUCCAGGAGCCCAGCCAGGAAAACUUUUGUGGCCUGUCACCUAGCUUUUACCAGCCACCUAUCCAAAGCCAGUUAUCACCAACAAAAACCCGGGACAGCCGUGAAACCUCUCCUAUGAGUGUCCCUAAUCUCCCAUCCGUUUCCUCUAUGUGCCAACCAACCAUGUUUAACUACGAACGUCCAAAACACUUUAUCCAGUCUAAGAAUGUGUGCCAAGGGCAACAGCAGCCUCCAGGACCUGCAGCCUCCACAGAGCCAAGCAGAGAAAUCAAACAGUCCUCCAUCCUCAUCCAGCCUCGUAACCCCAGUGGGCAGAAAUUCUCCUCCUCGUCAUCGCUGAGCUCUUCAAUCACGCUCUCCUCGCCUUCCUGUAAUGCCCCUAAGGAAUCCACCUAUCCCAUCACUCCCGCAUCUGCACAGUCUCCUGCUAGCUCAUCAUCUGGGCAGAGGCUCCUGCCCAUGCCUAACCAAUCCCCCGCAGCCUUCCUGUGCUCCGUGCUCCCCUCGCAGCCCGACUAUAACAGCCCAGCUCCUUCUCCCGUGGAACCUCAUUACUCACAGCCCAUGUAUAACAAACAAGCCAGCAUCAACUCUAUGCAGAAGACAUCAGACCAAGAAAUUCAAGGAACAAAGGAAGCCCUCAUCCAGGACCUGGAAAAGAAACUGCGAUGCAAGGACAGCCUCCUCCAGAACGGCAACCAGAGACUGACUUAUGAAGAGAGGAUGGCUCGCAGGCUGCUGGGACCAGUGAAUGCUGCCUCAGUGCUGGACACGCAGGGUGAAGACAGCCUGCAGAAUGCACAGCACCAGAAUGCAGAAAACAUCAGGCUGCAGGUUCCCACAACACACGUCAGGAGCAGACCAUCCUCUAGAGGUGACAAUCGUGGACAUGACUCAAUCCAGGAGAAGUUUUUUCAGCCACGCUUCACACAAGUGCCUGAAGAUGUGGUGAUUGAGGAGGGACGGUUCUGCAGGCUGGACUUCAAAGUCAGUGGGCUCCCAACUCCAGAUGUGAUGUGGUACCAGAAUGGAAGGAUGGUUCAUCAGGAUCAGUUCCAUAAAAUGAUAGUGUCAGAAAAGGGGUUCCACUCCUUUAUUUUUGAAGCAGUCAAAUCAGCUGAUGCAGGGACAUACGAAUGUGUGGCUGUCAACCGUGCAGGAGAAACAUCUUUCACAGUAAAAGUGGAAGUAAUUGCUAAAGAACAUCACAUACCUCCAACUUUCAUUUUCAAGCCACAAAGCAAAAAGGUUUUUGAAGGAGACACAGCCAGGCUGGAAUGCCAGAUCUCUGCCAUCCCAACCCCCCGGAUUUACUGGAAAAGAAACAACGAAAUGGUACAAUAUAAUACAGACCGAAUAAGCUUGCUCCAUGACAACACUGGAAGGAUUUGCCUCCUGAUCCAUAAUGCAACCAAGAAAGAUGCUGGCUGGUACACCGUGUCUGCUGUCAACGGGGCAGGGGUGGCCACAUGCCACGCCAGGCUAGAGGUUGCAACACAUACAAAUAAGUCACUUCCAGCCCCAAAGCAGUUACGGGUUCGACCAACUUUUAGCAAGUAUUUGGCACUUAAUGGAAGAGGACUGGAUGUGAAACAAGCUUUCUCACCAGAAGGGGAGUUUCAGCGUUUGGCUGAGCAGUCUGGACUGUACGAAAGUGAUGAACUUUAACUGGAAAUGAAGAGGAAAACCUCACACCCCUAAGAGACAGUUACAACAUAGGUGCAGUUAACUGGUGAUUGCUCUAAUUAGCAAAAUACCUACUUACAUAUUUUUACUUUGACCCCUGCACAUUCGGCUGUUCCUGUUUUACCAUGUUAGAUUUUAUUUAUAUGGUUUGGUGACUGUAACCAUUAUUGAGUAUUGCAUUUUAACUAGAAAGCCUAAGAAAGCAGGUUAAUUAGUUUUAACAAGUGUGGGGGGCUUAGUUCCACCUGUGCUUGGUCACAUGCUAAGGUAGCUUGAUUUGUACUGCUUCUCUAAUAUCACUCAUGAUAAUAUCAGAAGUCUGUACUGUCUGAAUAUUAAAACCAAAUAGAGUAGAGUGUUUUUAUGAGAAUAAAUUAGAGGCAAAUAAAAUUUUAAAUAACCAA